AUAGGGGUAAAAUUCCGGCGCCUCCACUCCGUCCCCUGCAGGUCUCCUGUGUGUGCAAUGGACGGCAUCGUCCGAGAUAUAGCAGUUGGUACAAAGCGGGGAUCUGACGAGCUCUUCUCUACCUGUGUCACCAACGGGCCCUUUAUCAUGAGCAGCAGCUCGGCCUCUGCAGCCAACGGGAAGGACAGCAAGAAGUUCAAAGUAGACAGCAGGAGUGCCGGUGCCCCGUCCAGUGUGGUCCACAUCCGCAAGCUGCCCAGUGACGUCACCGAGGGGGAGGUCAUUUCCUUGGGGUUGCCCUUUGGGAAGGUCACCAACCUGCUGAUGCUGAAAGGGAAGAACCAGGCCUUCAUCGAGAUGAACACAGAGGAGGCGGCCAACACCAUGGUCAACUACUACACCUCAGUGGCAGCCUUGCUGCGUGGCCAGCCCAUCUACAUCCAGUUCUCCAACCACAAGGAGCUCAAGACCGACAGCUCACCCAACCAGGCGCGUGCCCAGGCAGCCCUGCAGGCUGUGAACUCGGUUCUCGGAAGCCUGGCCCUGGCCGCCUCUGCUGCUGCCGUGGACGCCGGGAUGGCGAUGGCUGGCCAGAGCCCUGUGUUGCUGAUCAUUGUGGAGAACCUCUUCUACCCCGUGACGCUGGACGUGCUCCACCAGAUUUUCUCCAAGUUCGGCACAGUCCUGAAGAUCAUCACCUUCACCAAGAAUAACCAGUUCCAGGGGCUCCUGCAGUACGCAGAGCCUGUGAGCGCCCAGCAUGCCAAGCUAGACAUCUACAACGCCUGCUGCACGCUGCGCAUCGACUUCUCCAAGCUCACCAGCCUCAAUGUCAAGUACAACAACGAUAAGAGCCGUGACUACACACGUCCAGAUCUGCCCUCGGGGGAUAGCCAGCCGUCCCUGGACCAGACCAUGGCCGCCGCCUUUGGUGCACCUGGUAUAAUCUCAGCCUCUCUGUACGCAGGAGCUGGUUUUCCUCCCACCUUUGCCAUUCCUCAAGCUGCAGGUCUCUCUGUUCCCAAUGUCCAUGGCGCCCUGGUCCCUCUGGCCAUUCCCUCGGCAGCGGCAGCGGUGGCUGCAGCAGGCCGGAUCGCCAUCCCCGGCCUGGCUGGAGCAGGGAACUCUGUCCUCCUGGUCAGCAACCUCAACCCAGAGAGAGUCACACCCCAAAGCCUCUUUAUUCUUUUCGGUGUGUACGGGGACGUGCAGCGUGUGAAGGUCCUGUUCAACAAGAAGGAGAACGCUCUAGUGCAGAUGGCCGACGGAAGCCAGGCCCAGCUGGCUAUGAGCCACCUCAAUGGGCACAAGCUGCACGGGAAGCCCGUGCGCAUCACGCUGUCCAAGCACCAGAACGUGCAGCUGCCCCGUGAGGGCCAGGAGGACCAGGGCCUCACCAAGGACUACAGCAACUCGCCCUUGCAUCGCUUCAAGAAACCUGGCUCCAAGAAUUUCCAGAACAUCUUCCCACCUUCAGCCACCCUGCAUCUCUCCAACAUCCCGCCUUCGAUAUCCGAAGAUGACCUCAAGAUUCUCUUCUCAAGUAAUGGAGGGAUGGUCAAAGGAUUCAAGUUCUUCCAGAAGGACCGCAAGAUGGCACUGAUACAGAUGGGCUCGGUGGAGGAGGCCAUCCAGGCCCUCAUUGAGCUGCACAACCACGACCUCGGGGAGAACCACCACCUGCGGGUCUCCUUCUCCAAGUCCACCAUCUAGGGCCCGCACCCGCGGCAACUUCCAUCAUUCCAGAGAAAAAGCCACUUUAAAACGCAGCUGAAGUGACCUUACGACCGGAGAUUUUAUUUUUUAAAAGAGAAUCAGUUUACCUGUUUUUUAAAAAAUUAAAUCUAAUCCACCUUCUAACCUCGCGGUGCCUGUCGUGAGUGGAGGGUCCCACGGCCGCGGCGCCCGCCCUCAGGUCUCACAGCGAU